GGAGGCGGUGGAGGCGCCUCAGGUAACCUCUGAGAAGAAGAAGGCUAAGAAGAGGAAAAGGGUGAAAGGCGAAGUGGAGGAGGAAAGUGAGGAAACUCCCGUCGCUCCUUUGGAAAACAAAAUUAAAAAGAAAAAGAAGAUGGUAAAAGAUGUGGAGGAGGAGGAGGAGGGAGGAGAAGAGGUGGCGAGUCCUGUGACUCCAGCAGAAACAACGGAGAAGAAGAAGAAGAGGAGGACAAAGGCCAAAGGACAGGAGAAAGAAGCGGUGCAGUCUGACGAAUCAGCAGCAGGGGGCGACAAAGACUCAGAAAAGGAACUGGAUACAACAGCGGAAGGAAACUCGUCUCUGCUCUCGUCCGCAAAAAAGAAGCAGCGGCUCAGGAAGAAGCUGAGCCUGAAGAAGAGACUGAGGCUGCACAAGCAGGAGGAGAAGAUCAAGAAGAAGAAGAAGAAGAGCAGCGACUCUGAGACCACACCCGGGAAGAAACGGGUCCAAGAGUCCGAGGAGGAGACACCUCAGCCGAAACCAACCAAAAAGCCCAAACGUGCUGCCCCCCAGGACCACAGCACACCGAGGAAGAGCGCCGAGCAAGAAGAGAAUUCCUCCAAGGAAAACAAACCUCCAAAGAUGAAGAAGCAGAAGAAGGGAACGGUGGUGGACGCGGAUGAAAGCGGCGUGGUGAUCGACCUGAACGCCGAGCCUCUUGACUCGUCAAUGUGCUCCAGCGAAGGGAAGAAGAAGAAGAGGAAGAAGCUGGAGGCCGAUCAGGGCGAGGAAACUACGGGAAAUUCAACUCCCGUGUCUGCAAAGAAGAAGAAGAAGAACGGACUGAAGCAGAAAGUGGAGACAGAAGCUUCUCCAGAAACUCCUGCUUCCACGAAAAAGAAAUCCACCAAAAAGAAGAUCAUCGCUGAUUAAAUCUGGCGGAUCCUCCGAUGUGAGCGGAGGGACGAUGAUCGGACCUAGAAGACAAUCUGCAGAACGUCGGUGCCUUUACUCCUGAUUCUUCAGUCUUGAGAUCACAGGAUUUUCUCUCACACGCAGGAAACAUCCGUGUUUUUCAGUCAAGUUCGACUUUAUUAUUUUUCCUAAACUGUGAAAACGACACAAACUCUCAUGUAACUCAGAUCUGUAUCGAAUAGUUAACAGGUAUAAUAAUAAUAAUAACGAGAUUUUAAAUGCAGCCCGACUCAAACUACCUUCGACAGAUGUUUGUAUUAUUGAAGUGACUCUGUGUAGAAGUUACUGUUUUCAGACCCGAUGCCUCAGAACUGCUGCUGGACUUUCUCCCCAGUUUCAGACUCGCUCACGACUACACAGAAACCUCCGGAGCGUUCAGGUGGAGCUGCAGCGGAGAUCAUGUGUGUUCUUUGUGUACGCCGCCGUCUCCUCAUCCUGAGACAUUUGGUUUCUUCUUGUUUUGGUUUUAUUUUUAUGCGUACGUUGCUUGUUACAAACGUCUCCUUCAGAUAUUCUGCUGAGUUGUUACGAGGCCAGAGAAAGUCCAGAGUCUCUCUCUCGGGACAUCCGGAGGUUCUCUGGAGUUCGGUGUUUUGUCUGAAAGCAGCUGUCGCGUUGCUUUGAAUCUGCAUCUCUCUCACACGAUGAGAAACUCAACCCGCUGCUGCUCUCCUGCUGCGACGCUUGUGACAGAUGAGCUUUGCGUUGUUUCGGGAACAAGCUGUGAAACUCUCCCGUUGGACCAGUAACUCCUGAGGAUUGUGAACAGUAGAUAACUUGAUAUACAUUUUUCUGUAGUGACUUAAGUUUCAUUGUGACACUAAACUUUUACGUUUCAUGUGUUUUUUUCAGUCAACAAAAGCUGUGAGUUAUUAUUUUUUUUGUAGGAAAUGGUUUGUUUACAACGUUGUUUUCACCGUGAACUCUUAACUAUGCACCUGAUCAAAUGCUGUUCUUAGAAGUGGAAUACUUACCAGUUUAACAGAUUCUAGUUUUCUCCUCCUGAUGAACAUGUUUUAUACUUAGUUAGUCUUGUUCUGUUUGGGCCGGAAAGGUCAACUACCUACGUCUUGACAUGUACUAAAAAAUAAACGUAUGUCAAACAAA